ACACUCUGCAAAGCAUCAUCAAAAUCACCAUCCAUCAAGAACCGCUUUUCUUACUCUCUCUUCUAUCUCUCUCCCCUCCUCCUUCGUUGUCUUUUUAAUGUAACUUCUGUAUGAUCGGGAGAGCAGGGAGCGUCUGGAGAGUGUGGUCCGGUGGCUCCAUCUCUGCUGAAGGAUCUGCUUGCAUGGCAUUCUGCUCAUCAAAGCUUCACACACUGAUCAGAAGGGAUCAGUUUGAGGAAUAACAGCGGGCUUCCGUGUGGAUUUUGGCUCUGUUGAUAUUUUUUGCCUCCUGGAUGUUGCAGCGCAUCAGACCGCUCUGAGUGAAGCUGUCUCCUUGGAUUUUCACUGACUGACUGACUGCUCUAAGCCUCACAUUGUUAUUAGUGUCGUAUCUCGGUGAUCCAAUGAGCUCCGUUUCAAAGCAGUUAAUGCUAAAUGUAAUUGUGUCGAAUAAUGUCGCAGUUUCUUUAAGAGAUUAAUGCCGACAAACUGCGUGCGUUAAAUAUUACGUUAAAAUACGGGAAGUUGCGUGCGCAAAGUUUUGGAGACGGUCGGUAUGGCUAUGGUAGCGUGGAGAACCACUGAGGGCGUCGGGGACUCCCAGGGGACUCUCUCCUCCCCGGUGUCCCAAGUGGCACCUCUGUCUCUGCCUGGAGAACUGACGGCACACAUGAACUCAGCGGCCUCUCUGGAAAUACCCCAGGCUCAUGGAGCACCGCCGCCCAAUCUAUCCGGCACCUCCGCCGCGUCCACUUCCACCACCACCUCGUCCACGAACAACAACAACACAUCCUCUUCCUCUUCCUCUUCUUCCUCCUCUUCCAUGGACAAACAGCAAAGCCAGCAGAUCGAGUGCAUCGUUUGCGGGGAUAAAUCCAGCGGGAAGCACUACGGACAGUUCACGUGUGAGGGAUGUAAGAGCUUCUUCAAACGGAGCGUCCGGAGGAACCUGACGUACACCUGCAGGGCCAACAGGAACUGUCCCGUGGACCAGCACCACCGCAACCAGUGCCAGUACUGCCGCCUCAAGAAAUGCCUCAAAGUCGGCAUGAGGAGGGAAGCUGUCCAAAGAGGCAGGAUACCCACGCAGGCUUACCACGGCCAGUUCGCGCUGACUAACGGAGACCCUCUGCACUGCCACUCCUAUCUGUCCGGGUACAUUUCUCUGCUGCUGCGGGCUGAACCCUACCCGACUUCCCGGUUUGGCUCCCAGUGCCUGCAGAACAACAACAUCAUGGGCAUAGAGAACAUCUGCGAACUGGCGGCGAGGAUGCUCUUCAGCGCUGUGGAGUGGGCCAGAAACAUCCCGUUCUUCCCAGACCUGCAGGUGCCGGACCAGGUGGCUCUCCUCCGCCUCACCUGGAGCGAGCUGUUCGUGCUGAACGCCGCCCAAUGCUCCAUGCCCGUGCACGUCGCCCCGUUGCUGGCUGCCGCAGGCCUACACGCGUCCCCGAUGUCCGCCGACCGGGUAGUGGCCUUCAUGGACCACAUCCGAGUCUUCCAGGAGCAGGUGGAGAAGCUGAAGGUCCUGCAGGUGGAUUCAGCGGAGUACAGCUGUAUCAAGGCCAUCGUGCUGUUCACCACAGAUGCUUGUGGCCUGUCGGACCUGGCCCAUGUGGAAAGCCUCCAGGAGAAAUCCCAGUGCGCUCUCGAGGAGUACGUGAGGAGUCAGUAUCCCAACCAGCCGAACAGAUUUGGGAAGCUGCUGCUUCGCCUUCCCUCCCUGCGUACCGUCUCCUCCUCAGUCAUUGAGCAGCUCUUCUUCGUGCGCUUGGUGGGGAAGACCCCCAUUGAAACUCUGAUAAGGGACAUGCUGCUGUCCGGCAGCAGCUUCAGCUGGCCUUACAUGUCCAUCCAGUAGAAGAAGACACAGGAAGGCGGCAGUGAAACUAAGGUCACAUCUUGAAUCGAAUGAUUUUUUUUUCAUGUACCCCAAAAAAUCUCUGCCAGAGGAAUGAGAUUAUUAAAGGUAAACAUUUCAUGUAAUUUUAUUAAAUGAUAUCAGUGGUCUGCCUUACUUUAAAAAGGGUCCUUGAAGAAAUGAAGACCGUGAAAUUUGAAUAUGAAAUAUUUGAAAUUACAGGCAGAAUAUAAACAAGACAUGACACAAAAUGACUGCUUAUUUUGGACUGGUUUUUGUCAUUGUGGUGACCUCUGAUGGUGUAUGGAUGCUGUAUGAUUUUCUUGAAAUAACAAACAAUAUUUAUUGGACCUGUGUGCAUAUUUAUCGUGCUUGUAAAUUAUGUUUUGGAUCCUUUUCUUUCUAAAUGUUGUAUGUAUGGUUUUGGCCACGAUCAAUGAGAAAACUGCAGGGAGCCUCUUGUGUGUCUUGAUCUGUUUUAUCCUUUUUUUUUUUUGUCUAUGUUGCUUUUGAUUUCAUUCCUUCCAGAAAAAAGCACUUUGGACUAAAUGAAAAUGGAAAUAGUUGCAGCAGGUGUUUUGAACCUGACUCCUUCCUCUGUUCCGUAUAAACAAACAGGCAACACUAAGGCUAUGAUUUAUUAAUAUUAGUUUGUAAUUUUCUUACUGAGAAAAGCAAACAACAAGUAAUGCUUUGCUUGUUGGUUAUUUUUAGAGAAAUUGUUUCUUUUUUACAAAACUAUUCCCAUAAAUAAAAUAGUAAAUAUUGCUUGGCCAAAAUUCCUCAUGCUUCUUACCACACUGUGCAAAUGUUUGCCUUCUAUAAUGAUGUUAAAACCUGAUUAUUUCUUGGAAUUUAAGUAGAUGUUCAGUUUACAAGUUUUUGUUUGUUUCUGAUAUACUAAGGCUACCUGUGGUGGUGCUGAGUGAGGCUGACUGCCAGGAAGAUGUCUGAUAUUUUUGUACUCAGAGGGGUUCAGAUUCAAACCCCGCUCCCCAUCGCGGUUCAUUUUGCAAAGAAGAUACAAUGGUACUCCAAGAUUGUUGAUGAUUACAUGACCAAAUAAUGUGUUUCCAUGAAUUUUUUUCCAUACUGGCUGUCUCAGAAAUUUUAAAAAAGCACUGUGUUUGUGCACAUGCCUUCCCAGGCUGAGAGACAAAUGGACUUGAUGGGAAUUCAUGCGUUUGCAUGAGCCCAGGCCACUCACUUGCACAACCUGACCACUGCAGGGUACACUGCUCCUUUCAGAGGGCAUGAAUGUGUGUGGAUGCGCGUGUGUGUGUGUGUUUCCUUGUGUUUACUUUGUUUUCCAGCAACCACUCUGAUGUACUGUGAAACGUAACAUAUUGGUACCUUAUUAAAUUAUAACUCAAGAUUUA